AUGGAUCUUAAGAAGUGUAUUGAUUGGAAGGUGGCGAAAUCAUGCUUCAACAAAAGACAUGGUUCCAGCUUGGUGUCUCGGCAAUUCACAGACCAGGUCUUUACAAUGAUGAUGAAGAACACUGAGUCCAUCGGUGAUUACUCAAAUAAGUUUCUCCAUGCGGUUUACAAUGCUGGUUUAUUCAAAGACUCUGCUUGCAUCACUAAUCACCUCCUUGCCUUGCUGACCUUAUCAGUGCAAACACUGGUAAGAGUUACCACGGCCUGCUCUGGUCCCAAUGGGGAGUCCAAGCGUGAUUGGACUGUAGAGCAGAUCACGCAGAUUGGCAGAGACAUUCUUGGGGAUGACAACAGGCUCUAUGCUGAGGCGACCCAAUUGAUUCCUGGUUCCCAUGGGCAACCUGAAAAGAAUAACAAGGAACAUCCCAGAAAGAAGCUUCACCACUCCAACAAGAUAACCAAGCAUGAGAAGACAUUUUUCUGCUCACACCAUGGAAAGAACCUGACCCAUGAGUCCAGCAAGUGUUUUACCUUGAUCAACCGCAAGAACAAAGCCAGUAGUUCUAACAGUCGCAAUCCUUGCAGAAGUUGUGGUGAAAAUUACUACCAUGGUCAUGUCUGCAAAAGCAAGAACAAUGAGCCAAUUCUCAUGGUAUUCCAGUCUCCCACAAAGGAUAAGUCUGAGCAGAUGCUCAAGACGAUCCAGGACAGGAUAGAUGAAGACAUGAAGGAAAUAUCAUUUGAAUAUAUUUUGGCAAAGAUGAAUAUUGAAUUAAUUAAUGUUGCAUAUGAUAUCAAAGGAGAAUAUGUCCAUUCAGAUAAUGUGAAAGACUAUGCCGCCAUUUAUGAAAAUCUAAAUAUUGAUAAAGAGAAAAAGUUCGAACCUAAUAAUUCACCAGCUGAAUCUAUUAUUCGUUUACCUACUAAGGAAGGUGUGACGGCUUACAGAUGGCAGUAUUCUAUACCGCACACUCUAAGAUCAACACUUGACAAGCAAGUAAAAGAAUGGCUUGAGACAGGAACUAUUGUCAAGUCCAAGACCAACACUUUCUUCAACAGUCCAAUGUUGCUUGUUCCAAAGAGAAACAAAGCUGUUCUCGGUGUAUUGCUGAAGAACAAGAGUGAAGAUAGGUAUCUGUUCCUGAACAGCAAGAGGAACAUGCAGAUGUUUACAAAGAUCAAGAGCCCACCAAUGAAGAAAUUCAAGAAGCACUUGCUUAAUAUGCCCAAGACCAUGAGCAGGAAGGGGAACGAAUAG